CAGGGAAGCGCUGCGCUGCAUUCUGGGAGGGCUGCCGCUCUGUCCGCCGCGCAGCCUCCUGGGAGUUGUAGUCGCAAUCCUAGGCAACUGGUGGGUGUCCCGGGCGCGCGGUAAGCUAGUUGUUUGGGGGAACCUCCUGAGGGCUAAUGGGCUUCUUUUGACAGUCGUUUGGCUCUUCGGUCCAGCCGGGCUUCUGAUUCUGCCUUGCAUGUUUAUGACGAUCCCUCGGUCCCUACGAACCAGGACGUGAGAACCCUCAGAUAAUAAAGAAGAAGUUAUCUUGUUUACAUCAUGGAUAACACAAAGGAAAAGAAUAAUUGCAAAGACGAUCUUCUGCUUAGGAUGGGACUAAAUGAUAAUAAAGCAGGAAUGGAAGGACUAGAUAAAGAGAAAAUUAACAAAAUUAUAAUGGAUGCCACAAAGGGGUCCAGAUUUUAUGGAAAUGAGCUCAAGAAGGAAAAGCAAGUCAACCAACGGAUUGAAAGUAUGAUGCAACAAAAAGCUCAAAUUACCAGCCAGCAACUGAGGAAAGCACAGUUACAGGUUGACAGAUUGGCGAUGGACUUAGAACGGAACCGGAAUUUGAACAAUACCAUAGUUCAUGUGGACAUGGAUGCUUUCUAUGCAGCUGUAGAAAUGAGAGACAAUCCGGAACUGAAGGAUAAACCCAUUGCUGUGGGAUCAAUGAGUAUGUUGUCUACUUCAAAUUACCAUGCAAGGAGGUUUGGUGUCCGUGCAGCCAUGCCAGGAUUUAUUGCUAAGAGACUCUGCCCACAACUUAUUAUAGUGCCCCCAAACUUUGACAAAUAUAGAGCUGUGAGUAAGGAGGUUAAGGAAAUUCUUGCUGAAUAUGAUCCCAAUUUUAUGGCCAUGAGUCUGGAUGAAGCCUACUUGAAUAUAACACAGCACUUAGAGGAAAGGCAAAAUUGGCCUGAGGACAAAAGAAGAUAUUUCAACAAAAUGGGAAAUUCUAUAAAAAUUGAUUCAGAUAAACCGGGUGAGGAAGCUAACAGACUGAGUGAAGAUGAACGAUCCAUCUCCCCACUGCUUUUUGAAGAUAGCCCUCCUGAUUUGCAACCACAAGGAAAUCCUUUCCAGCUGAACUCUGAAGAACAAAACAGUCCUCAAAUAUUCCAAAAUUCGGUUGUUUUUGGAACAUCAGCUGAGGAAGUGGUAAAGGAAAUUCGCUUCAGAAUUGAACAAAAAACAAUGCUGACAGCCAGUGCAGGUAUUGCCCCCAAUACAAUGUUAGCAAAAGUGUGCAGUGAUAAGAAUAAGCCAAACGGACAAUACCAAAUUCUCCCCAGCAGAAAAGUGGUGAUGGACUUCAUCAAGGACUUGCCUAUUAGAAAGGUUUCUGGAAUAGGCAAAGUUACAGAGAAAAUGUUAAUGGCUCUUGGAAUUGUUACUUGCACAGAACUCUACCAGCAGAGAGCAUUGCUUUCUCUACUUUUCUCCGAAACAUCGUGGCAUUAUUUCCUUCACAUCGCCCUCGGUCUAGGUUCAACAGACCUGGAAAG